AUGUUGCCAUCCUCAGCGGUCUACAUCCGAAUCAAAGAUGAUGAAUGGAAUGUCUAUCGGCGGUAUACGGAGUUUAGGAGUUUGCACCACAAGUUACAAAACAAGUACCCUCAAGUGAGGGCCUACAACUUCCCCCCCAAAAAGGCCAUUGGAAACAAGGAUGCCAAGUUUGUUGAAGAACGAAGAAAGCAGCUUCAGAACUACCUGCGCAAUGUCAUGAACAAAGUCAUCCAGAUUGUCCCUGAGUUUGCCACCAGCCCCAAGAAAGAGACUCUCAUUCAGCUGAUGCCCUUCUUUGUGGACAUCACCCCUUCCGGAGAACCACCAAACAAGAACAGCCGGCCCAAAGUGGCUUCCCGCUUCCCCAAGCUGUCCCGAAGUCAGCCCAGGGAGACGCGCAACGUGGAGCCCCAGAGCGGUGACCUCUGACCUCAAUGGAACCCCAGAGGCAGGCUGUACAUGUCACACCAGCUGCCUCCACCCCGGCUACUCUGUUUCCGAACUGGCCACGGCAGCUGGCCCAUACAUCUUAGGGUGAUAACCCUCUUCACCCGGUGAACCCCAGAGAGCACACCUUCCCCACUGGAAACAUGACACCCUAAUUAAACCGGUCAGUUUCAGAGCCACCAUGUUAUUAUCCCCAGAGCAAGGCGGCUCCUCCUGAAUACUGGGACGUGUGGUCACUGCUCUCCCAGGGUCUGCCCUUGGCAGCAGAGGCCACCUGUUCUCCUUCCUCCUGCUCGGGCUGUGAGCCCCUGGUUGAGAUGCACAACUCUGAGGUUUCAUGUGGUCAGGAGACUCCUUCCCAAGCCACCUCCUGACUCUUUCCUGCGUGGGAAUUAGAGUGACUGUUAGCCUCUUUUAUUUUUAUUUUUUCUCUUUAAUGUAAUUGACUGUUACAGCCUAUGGACAGAUGGGGGGUCUUGUUCCCCUCCAUUUUGCCCUCUACCAGUGGUUACUAGACACCAGCGGGAUUGCUGCCUGGGCUCUUAGAGGCGUCAUGCUCCAGGGAGACAUUUCCCCAUGGCCUUGUGAAGGAGCCACUGCUGGUAGUUAACUUUGGUUCUUGGAGAAGUUCCUCCAGCUCCCCGUGGUUGGCUUCAGGAGGGAACCUGAAGUCACCUAGGCCCGUGUGCACCUUGUCAGGCUUGGAGGGGCUCAGACACACAGCCCAGCCCACAGCAUCAGCCUGGUGACCCUGCGUUGGAGAGACUUGGCUCUGGGAACCACAGAAGAAAGUUCCGUCAGCCCUUGGCUUUUCAGACCCAGCUCUAUCUCGGUGAACUUGGACACAGCAUCUGCUCUGAACAGAUCGUGGUUGUCCCCUGAGACACACAUUUGCCAUGCACCAUCUGUCCCCCAAAAUACUCUUGUUGGGAGCAGAACCCUGUGCAUCCCCCAAGACUCAUUCCCCUGUUCCUCCCAGCCUUAUCUUGCCCCUGAAGUUCCUCCCGCAGUGAGCCCGCCAUGGCCUGGCAGGACCGGAGCUGGGUCGUGGGCGUUAAGCCCCAGGAUCACGGAAUUGUCUCCUACCCGGUCAGUAGCUGCCUUUGCUGCUGAGUGCAGUUAGGAGUAGUUCACACUUUCUAGGGGAGAUAUUAAGAAAGUAGAUAGGAGGUCAUGAACCAGACCAUGUAAGAAUAAGGUUGUGCGUUCCUCUCUGACCGACGCAGGUAGAGUCAUAGGGAACUGAGGGUGGAAGGUGAUGUUUGGAGGGCAAACCUCGACUCAUCCUGCAACUGCUUCAGUUCACUGGCUUGAAACUUGGUGGAUGACCUAAAUGAGCGUGGCGCAUUUCCUAGCUACAGGAAGACUGGAAAGAACCACCUGGAAGAUUUAUGCGGUGUGAUCCUCUAGUAGCCAGAAGGAGACUUCUCAGGGAAGUAAAGGAAAGCUGAGACCAUUUACACACAGCCCUGCAGAGAAACAGAGGCUGCCUGGAUGCCUUCUGAGAGGCCCUUGGACCAGGUGAGGCAGGACAGGCCUGCUGUUCUUGAUGCAUGGGAGCACGGGGUAGAGGACCUGAGAGACAUCUGGGUCCUAGAAAGGCAAUAGGGUCUGCUCCUUGUCCACCAAGGUGGCUGCUGUGGCUGAUGACUUAGAGUCUCCUGGACUAAGUAACCAGGGCCUGUCUGGAAGCUUAGGCUGCCCAAGUCCUGCCUCCCUGACGUAGGGCUUCAGUGCCAGCUAGAAGACUCCACACCACCUGAUCCUUCUGUUUGCAUUUGGUACGGAAGAGGAAGGGAACCUCCCAUCUCAGACAUCCGCACCCCCGCCCCACCCCAAAUCUCCCAGGCUGAUGCUUCCCAUCUGUGCAGGCCUUUUCUGCACCUGACCUGAAAUGCAUCUGCACAUAGUUUAAAAAGCAAAAAAAGGUACCCAGAGCUACACCAGAUAGCUGCUAAGCCCUGAGAAACAUGUAUAUGCCCAGCUGCUAUUUAAAAAGCAAGACAAAGUCCGCCUCCCCCUUUUGUGAUCAUGUAGGAACCCUGGACUCAUCUUCAAGGUACAGGCCAUCCCCUCUCCUCUUAGCUCAGAUGUGCACAUGACAGGGACAUUACAGCCACUCCCUGUAGCCUUAACUUUGGAAUCACGUAGCAUGUUCUGCAAUGAUCUAGUGCAUGCAGCUGCUCAAAAUCCUCCUGUCCUGCUCUCUGGUGUGGUGAGAUGGACUUCAGGCUAAAGAGACAGGCGGCAGACUUCCCAAAUGCCACCCCAGGGGACAUAGACUCAACUGCCCUUCAGCCCAGGUCCAGUUCUGAGGACCUGCUGUCUUCCUCCCGCUGAACCACCUGCCCAGCCCGCGUGACCCAUCAGUGGAAAAGACAUCCCUGCGGAAGGGAGCUGCCAAAGCUCACCUUUGUCUCCUCGAUCCAGUAAGAUUCUUUGGGGUCUCCAAAGUUGGCAUCGGACAGAGGAAGCCCUCCCCAUUCAGAGAAACCAGAGGGGCCUGGGCAUCUAGUCCCACCUCUACUGCGAGGCAGAAUCCACUCUGGGUCCUUUCAUCUAAGAAAAACUGUAUCUUCAUGGUCUGCUGUAGCAAGAACCCACUGCACAGCAUCAGGUUUGGUCCCUGCUACCAUCUCCUUUCUUUUUUUUCCUUUUCCCCCAGAUGAAACACUCAGGAAAGGUAGGCCUGGGCAGAGAUGGCUCUCCUUAAAAGAGAGAACUAAAGCGUCCAGGAAGGGAGGUGAAAGGCUGCUGUGACCCUAGCCCAGAAGUGAUUCCUGACUUGGGAGAGAACAGUCCCAGCCGGCUCUUCUGGACUCAGUCUGAAAUUUCAGCUGGACACAGCUGGUUCCAGCUCCUUCGAAUCUCAUUCCCGGGCACAGGCUGCUCAUGUUACUGACAAGGAAUCACAGAAAGCAGAGCUGUGGGUUAAACUACCAGCAUUUCUGUACAGUCAGGUCCUGGAGGAGGAGAAGACUUUCACAGAAGAGGCUGGUACAGCCCAUGGUGGUGGCCACUUAGCCAGUAACCAGGCACAUCCAAGGGCUUCCUGGUCAGCAAAGGGAUCAACAGAUGGAGUUAGAAGAGGAGACGGUCUUUGAGAUCCGGCAGGAGGCACGCGCCCCGAGGGGAGGGAUGGGGAUGAGAUCUGACUGCAGCACUUGGCUCUGCUUCACGUGUGGAGCUUAUGAACAUGAGUUCUUUGAAAUUUUAAAGCAGCGGCAGGUUGUGUGGGUGCUUUUAAAAUUUCGAGGCAAUUGAAAGCCGUUUACAUCAUCAGUUGAUAACGCAGCUGUACCAACAGGCAACAGGCACAGGAGGCCCAGUAAUUACUCCUCAGGCUUUCGGCCCAGAGUCAGGGAACAGGA